AAGGCGACAUUCGUCGGUUUGAAAGAAAUUUUGCAACAUGCCUGACGUGUCUGAAAUGGCAAAAGUAUGACAACUAAAGGCAGCUGAACUCAUCAUAGAUUGUUGGUAUCAUUUCAUCAGGCUGUCCCAAACCAGGGCUGAUAAACUUGUCUGUCAGAAACGAACAACAACAACAACAACAACUAGACACCACCACCACCAACAAAGUGAACGGCUGUAGGAUCCGCCAAACUGGAUUGUCAUCCAUCAUUUUAAAGCGUUUUGAAUCUAUGAUAUGAAAAUUACAAGAUGACAAGUGCGGCCGGUCAUGAUGGGUACAUCAAAAAUGCUCUUCAAAAGUAUAAGUAUCCCGACAUGGCAAAGAGGGAUGUACUAAGUGUCUUCACAACGUAUACAGACUUGCGACCUAAGCUGGAACCAUAUGUGUUCAAUGAUGGCAUAUCCAAGGACUUGCUCUGUCUAGAAGGAACAGUUCCAGUCUCGUAUAAAGGGAACACAUACAAUAUUCCUGUGUGUCUGUGGGUGUUAGACACACACCCCUAUAACCCCCCUUUAGUUUAUGUACGACCAACCAACACAAUGAGGAUACGAUCAGGACGCCAUGUGGAUGCCAAUGGCAAAAUUGACCUACCAUACCUGAGGGAGUGGAAAUAUCCCCAGUCAGACCUUCUAGGCCUAGUCCAUGUACUGUGUAUAGUAUUUGGUGAAGAACCACCUGUGUAUGCUACAGGUGGAAGUUCAGGUGGGCCCACAAACCGCUACCCAGGACAAACUCCCUACCCUCCUGCUGGUCAAGGUUUCCCAAUGCCCAUGCCUGGUGGAGGAGGAACUGGAAACACCCCAUACCCCAGCAAUUAUCCCAACACGUCGGGGAGUAACCAGAACCAGGGUUAUACACCCUACCCCAGCUACUCUCAGCCUGGGGGUUACAUGAGUCAGAGCUACCCCAGCUCUAACCCUGGUUACCCCAGCUACCCCAACCAGGGCAGCCCCUACCCACAGACAGGACAGACCCCUCCCUGGGGCGCCUACCCCCCAAACCCUGGCUAUCCUGGCUCCCAUGGCUCCCAGUCAUCUUACCCAGGAGGAACAAACUCCACACCAGGAACAAACGGCCCAGGCUCUACCAACACAGUAACAGAGGAGCACCUGAAGGCCUCUCUUCUCUCUGCAGUGGAGGACAAGAUGAAAAGGCGUCUCAAGGAGACUUUUGCACAGGCUCAGGCUGAGAUGGAUGUACUGUAUAAAACACAGUCAGAAUUACAGUCUGGUAAAACCAAGCUGGAGACCAUGAUAUCAGAUUUAAAAAGAGAAAAGGAGGAAGUGGACCGUAACAUUCGCAUGUUGACAGAAAAAGAUCAGCAGAUUAAGGAGAACUUGAGUAAGAUGGAGAGCCAAGACAAAGUAGAAAUAGAUGACGCUGUGGUAACCACAGCACCCCUGUACAAACAGUUGCUGAAUUCAUUUGCGGAAGAACAAGCAAUUGAAGAUGCCAUAUAUUACCUUGGAGAAGGGUUGAGACGAAAUGUGAUAGAUCUGGAUGUCUUUCUAAAGAAAGUCCGGGAGUUGUCUCGACGACAGUUUAUGCUGAGAGCUUUAAUUCAGAAAUGUCGCGAAAAGGCUGGUCUUGCAGCUUGAGUGGAGUAAACAGACCGAAGUGAUGCUUUCUGUUCAUAUGUACAUGUAUCUGAUGUGUGGUAAAACAGAUGGAGAAGAGCGCAUGCCUAGCAGGUCAAGUAUUAAACAUACAUGCCUUACUGGUUAUGUUAGGACACCAUUUUCAAAAUUUUUGUACAUCGUCCAGUCACUGUGUUCAUUGAAGAUUCCAGUAAAGGUGUAACCCAAAUUGGAAUCAUGGAGAUUUACAUAGCCAACAGCAUUAUUUAAUACUUCAGGACUUUUUCGUGCAUGGGUGUUACAGGAAAAUUUGUGAAUUUAACAGUAAUAUAAUUUCACCAAGUUGCAAAGGUGCAUUUUUAAAGAAAAUUUAUGAGGUUAACCGUAAUAUAUAUCAUCCAGAUUCAAACAGAAAUGUUCACAAAUGUCUUCAUUUCUGGAAAAUUUCUAAAGUGACCAACUUCAGGUAAAAAGCAUUGAUUAAGGUGUGUAUUCUAUAAGAGAAGUAGUGAAGUGAGAAAUUAGAAUUUGUGUAUAUAAUACAACAUUCUCAUAACGCCAGUUAGAACUAAUCUCAUCCACGUGGAAAAGUCUAAAGACUUUCACCCUAAUAUCUAGGAGAAUUAAACGAGUGAUACAAUGCCACACUAGCAUUGUUGAUAUGAUAGGUGUAAGGCCACACCAAUUUUAUUUUAUGUUUUACGGGCAAGCAGGAACUAAAACAUCAAAAAAUGGAGUAAACAUGAAACCGAAAAUAAAGCUUUUUAUUUAUUUUACCAAUCGAUCUGGAUGUUUUUAUGAUUGUGUUGUUUUUCAAA